AUGGGGUUGCGUGGCAGCAGGAACUGCGCCCCAAGCAGAGACAGCUCCCAGGGCACUGCUGGGUUGCUGCUGCUCCGGGCCCUGGAAGACCUCUCCGAGCUGGACUUUAAAAAAUUUCGGGACGCGCUGGCACAUGGAGACCUGCAGGGCAGGACCUGCAUUCCCUGGGGGCGGCUGGAGAAGGCCGACUGGACAGAUACAAAGAACCUCAUGUUGGAUUUCUACGGUGGGGAGGACGCCCUGGAUGUGGCGAUAGCCGUCUUUGAGAGCAUCCAGCUCCGCAAUGCUGCUGCCCUGCUCCGGGAAAGCAGAGAGAAAGCCCUGGGGCCUGCUGCUCUGUGGGGUUCAUCAUCAUCAGAUUACCAGAGGAAUUACAAAAAAGCCAUACGCCAGGCAUACAGCCGCAUAAAGGACCAAAAUGCCCGGAUGGGUGAUGACGUGAGCCUGAACACCAGGUACUCAAAGCUGGUGAUCAUCAACAAGCACCGUGACGAAGAGCAACGGGAGCAUGAGAUCAUGGCCAUGGGACGGAGGCAUGCAGAGAUCAUGAAAGAGCAAGCCAGUUCCUCCAUCGCUGUCAGCGACCUCUUCAAGCCCGGCCCUGAUGGCUGGACCCCCAAGGUGGUUGUGCUCCUGGGAGCCGCAGGUGUGGGCAAGACAAUGACAGCCAGGAAGAUCAUGCUGGACUGGGCGUCCAACAAGAUGUUUGUGGAGUUUGACUACGUCUUCUACAUCCACUGCCGGGAGGGCAAUCUCCUCACCAGCCCAGCCAGCGUGGCCAACCUCAUCACCCAGUGCUAUCCUGGCAGCUCUCCGCCACUUGACGAGAUACUGAGGCAGCAAGAGAGGCUCCUCUUUGUUAUCGAUGGCUUUGACGAGUUCCGCUUUUCCUUUGACCUGCCCAAGUCCGAGCUGUGCUUCCAGCCCCAGGAGGAGAGGCCAGUGGAAAUCAUCCUGAGCAGCCUUUUCCGCAGGAUGCUCCUGCCCGAGUGCUCCCUGCUCAUCACCACGAGGCCUGCUGCCCUGCAGAAACUGGGCAAGUGCCUGGAGUGUGAGCGCUAUGCCGAAAUCCUGGGGUUUUCGGAGGCAGAGAGGAAGGAGUAUUUCCACAAGUUUUUUGAUAAUGCGGAGCAGGCAGCUGCCGCCUUCCAGUUCGUCAGAGGGAACGAGACACUUUUCACCAUGUGCCUGGUGCCCAUCGUGUGCUGGAUCGUCUGCACUGUCAUGAAGCAGCAGCUUGGCCGCACCGGGGGUCUCGCCCAAAGCCUGAAGACAACGACAAGGAUCUACAUCCUUUACCUUUCUGCCCUGCUCCGGUCUCUGAGCAGCCAGCUGAAGCAAGGCAUGCCCAGGGUGCUCAGAAAGCUGUGCUGCCUGGCAGCUGAUGGCAUCUGGAAGCAGAAGGUCCUCUUUGAGGAGAAGGAGGUGCAGGGCUAUGCACUGGACCAGCUAGAAGCCCUCCCGCUCCUCCUCAACGAGCAUCUCUUCCAGAAGGACAUCUCCUGCGUCAGCACCUACAGCUUCAUCCACCUCAGCUUCCAGGAGUUUUUUGCAGCGCUGUUCUACCUGCUAGAAGAUGAAGGGGAGGCACAGGACCUCCCCGCUGGUCCCAGCAGGGAUGUGAAGGAGCUGCUGGAGAGCUACGGCAACUCCAGGAACUACUUCAUGCUAACCGUGCGGUUCCUCUUCGGGCUCUUAAAUGAGGAACACAGGAGGGAGCUGGAGGAGGAGAUGGGGUGUAAAAUCACACCAAGGAUUACACAGGAAUUACUGGCAUGGCUUCAAAACAGCCAGAAAACAGCCCUAGCUCUUCUGAUGCAGGAGACGGCGGUGAUCCGUGAGCUGGAGGUCUGCCACUGUCUGUAUGAGCUCCAGGACAAGCGUUUUGUGGCGGCUGCCUUGGAUCCUUUCACGGGCGUGUACCUACGAGGGCUCAACCUUAACCGCUUUGAUCAGCUGGUCCUUUCCUUCAGCAUAAAACACUUCCCCAAGCUGGAGUCGCUUGACCUGGGGCACUGCUCCUUUCUGUGGGAUGACCCCGAGGACUCUGUGGGCCCACAGCCGGCCAAGCAGGCAUAUCGGGAAAAACAGCAAGAGGAGGGGAAGCAGUCACCCAUCCACCUGCUUUGUCAAGCAUUGGAAAAAUCAGGCUGUAAAUUAAAGAUGUUAAGGUUUGAUCGGUGUCAGCUCACAAGUGCCUGCUGCGCGGCUCUGGCCUCCGUUCUCGGCGUCAAUCCCACCCUGACGGAGCUGGACCUGGCUGGGAACGAAGACCUGAGGGACAGUGGUGUGAAGCUGCUGUGUGAGGGGCUGAGACGCGGUGCCUGCCAGCUACAGACAAUGCGGUUGGGCUGCUGCAACCUCACGGCCACCGGCUGCAAGGACCUCGCUGCCGUGCUGGGCACCAUGUCCAGCCUGGCGCAGCUGGACCUGAGCGACAAUCCCUUGGAGGACAGUGGCAUGCGGGAGCUGUGCGGGGCACUAGCAGGACCCAGCUGCAGCAUGCAAAAGCUCUGGCUGUGGCAGUGCCGGCUGACAGAGGCGAGCUGCGGGGCUCUUGCUGCGGUGCUCGCUGCCAGCCCCAGCCUGAUGGAGCUGCACCUGGGGGCCAACGAGCUGGGGGACGGAGGUGUGCGGCAGCUGUGUGAGGGCCUGCAGGAUCCUGCCUGCCGGCUGCAGAUGCUGAGGCUGUGGCAGUGCCGGCUGACAGAGGCGAGCUGCGGGGCUCUUGCUGCGGUGCUCGCUGCCAGCCCCAGCCUGAUGGAGCUGCACCUGGGGGCCAACGAGCUGGGGGACAGAGGUGUGCGGCAGUUGUGUGAGGGCCUGCAGGAUCCUGCCUGCCGGCUGCAGAUGCUGAGUCUGUGGCAGUGCCAACUCACCGGCGCCUGCUGCGAGGACCUCUGCGCCGUGCUCAGCACCAGCCGGAGCUUGGAGCAUCUGGACCUGAGUGAGAAUGACCUGGGAGAUGGCUGUGUGCAGCUGCUGUGCGAGAUGCUCAGGCAUCCCACCAGCUUCUUGCAGAGACUUUGGCUGAAGAAAUCUGGAUUAAACGAAGAGACGUUACAGAAGCUGGCUGCUCUCAAAGACAUAAACCCCAACCUGAAUAUACAAUAUGUCUGA